ACAUGGCCUGCGUAUGUACCUGUUACUACCAGCACUGUUAUAGUUUCGAGUGGGCUCACCGCCUUCUGGGAGGAUACUGAAAAACAGAACGCCGACGGUUUGGAUUCCAUUGCCAAGGAAGCUGUGAGGCGCGUGAUUUCGUGCGUGAACGCACUCCGCCUUUUCUGUGCAACUGACGGAUGUCUCACGAACGACAACAAAGCGAGAGGCAAUUAUGCGAGGCAGCUCCACGACACCUUCUAUAUGUUCGGGUCGGGCCUAUCCCGUGAACCGACGUACUAUCACGAUGCAACGAACCUUACCAAAGCCAUGGCUGUAGAUUUUUCAGGGUUGACUGGUGAAGUGGAGAUGACAGAGAACAACACCCGUGUUGCCGACUUUAUGCUCUAUUAUCUCGAUACGAACUUUCAACAACAUAUUUUCAUGAAAAUAACCUAUAAGGAUGCAAAAAUGGUAGGACUCAAAGGAAAAAUAGAUAUGAAAGCUUUCGCAUUGAUCAACCUUUUAUGGCGUCGGUGCGGCCACGAAUUUAACUUCCAUGCAAAACUGUAG